CGUCCGCCUCAGCCCUUUUAUUUCGGCUCCCCCCGCACCACCAUGAGGAGUGCGCUGUUGGCCGUUGUCAUGGUGAUGUUGUGUACAUCAAUGGCGCACAGUGAUGUUCGCCCACAGAGGGAUUUCAACCUGCAGCGGUUUGUGGGUAGGUGGUACCGCGUGGGUUUGGCGUACGACUCGGCAAGCUUUGUCCCGUACCGAGACAAACUGAAGGCCUCCCUGGGUGUCGUCACGGCGCAGGCGAACGGCAACGUCAACCUCACAAUGUGGGACGCCACGCCGACAGGGUGCCGCAGUAAAAUGUACUACUACGAGAAAACAAACAUCCCAGGACAGUUCACCUAUUUCAGCACACGACACAACAUGGUGAAGGACAUCACCGUAGUGGAGACCAACUACAGCGAAUACGCGCUGGUGCUCAAACACAAAGUGUUUCACAGGGAGUACACCCAGGUGGCCCUUUAUGGUCGCACUCAGAGGUUGAGAGUUGACAUCGUUCAGAAGUUUAAAGCCUUCGCUUCGUCCCAAGGGUUUCCUAGAGAAGCCAUUCUCACCCUGCCCUCAGCAGACAACUGCCCUCCAUCAGCGUCCGGAUAGGCGAGUUCCUUCAUCAUCGAAUAUUUCAAUACAUGAUAUCAAUGGAGUACAUCUUCACUGCGACGUGUUACACACUCCGCAGGUCCCUCAUGUUCAGAUGUCUUUUUUUUUUUUAAUCUCCAAGUAUUAGUAACCCGACAACCAGGAUGAAAAUAUAACAAAACAUUUCAAAGUGAUGCAAAUCCUGAUGUACAUUAUUUUUCCAUAUCUUUGUUGCUCUUCUUCCUGUCUUUGAUAUUAACAAUUUGACUGUUAUAAUUUUUUUCUUGAAAAAUAUGCAGAUUAGUCUUUGAUAUUAGAAACAUUUGCCUCUUGAAAAAAAUUUAUUAUUCUCACAAUAUUGCACAUUUAUUCUGUAAUAUUGUAACUUUUUUCUUAUUUUUGCAAUAUUAUUCUUGCCAUGUUUUAAUGUUUUUUUCUCAACAGUGCAAUGUUAUUCUCUUAAGACUACCCAUUUCUUCAUCAUAAUUUUGCAGCUUUAUUCUCUUCAUUAAUAUUUUUCUUUAUCUUCAUAAUUUUUUUUAUAUCUUGUGACAUUGUGACUACAUUCCAGUGAAAUGGAUGAAAUUGAUUGUUC